CCCGGACCGGAAGUGGAGGCGAACUGUCGCGGGGCGCGCCCGGCCUUGCUCAACGCCCGGCAGUCCCCGCCGUCGCCGCCGCCCUCGGCAGCUGCCGAGGCUUCCCGCAGCCGUCAUGUCCGCCAGCGCCGUCUACGUGCUGGACCUAAAGGGCAAGGUGCUCAUCUGCCGGAAUUACCGCGGCGACGUGGACAUGUCGGAGGUGGAGCACUUCAUGCCUAUCCUGAUGGAGAAGGAGGAGGAAGGGAUGCUGUCGCCCAUCCUGGCCCACGGGGGCGUCCGCUUCAUGUGGAUCAAGCACAACAAUCUGUAUCUGGUUGCCACGUCCAAGAAGAAUGCAUGUGUAUCGCUGGUGUUCUCCUUCCUUUAUAAGGUGGUACAGGUGUUUUCAGAGUACUUCAAGGAGCUGGAGGAGGAGAGCAUCCGAGACAACUUUGUCAUCAUCUACGAGCUAUUGGACGAGCUCAUGGACUUCGGCUACCCCCAGACCACCGACAGCAAGAUCCUGCAGGAGUACAUCACUCAGGAAGGCCACAAGCUGGAGACGGGGGCCCCAAGGCCCCCAGCCACUGUCACCAAUGCAGUGUCCUGGCGGUCCGAGGGCAUCAAGUACCGGAAGAACGAGGUGUUCUUGGAUGUCAUCGAGUCUGUCAACCUCUUGGUCAGUGCCAAUGGCAACGUGCUGCGCAGCGAGAUCGUGGGUUCCAUCAAGAUGCGGGUUUUCCUGUCAGGCAUGCCCGAGCUGCGCCUGGGCCUCAAUGACAAGGUCCUCUUCGACAACACGGGCCGUGGUAAAAGCAAGUCUGUGGAGCUGGAAGAUGUGAAGUUCCACCAGUGUGUGCGACUCUCACGCUUCGAGAAUGACCGCACCAUCUCCUUCAUCCCUCCCGAUGGCGAGUUUGAACUCAUGUCCUACCGUCUCAACACCCACGUCAAGCCCUUGAUAUGGAUCGAGUCUGUGAUUGAAAAGCAUUCCCACAGCCGCAUCGAGUACAUGAUCAAGGCCAAGAGCCAGUUCAAGCGGCGGUCGACGGCCAACAACGUGGAGAUCCACAUCCCUGUGCCCAACGAUGCCGACUCCCCCAAGUUCAAGACGACGGUGGGGAGUGUCAAAUGGGUCCCUGAGAACAGCGAGAUUGUGUGGUCUAUCAAGUCCUUCCCGGGGGGCAAGGAGUACCUGAUGAGGGCCCACUUCGGCCUGCCCAGCGUGGAGGCGGAGGACAAGGAGGGCAAGCCCCCAAUCAGCGUCAAGUUUGAGAUCCCCUACUUCACUACCUCUGGCAUCCAGGUGCGCUACCUGAAGAUCAUCGAGAAGAGCGGCUACCAAGCCCUCCCAUGGGUCCGGUACAUCACUCAGAACGGAGAUUACCAGCUCCGGACCCAGUGAGGGGCUCUGUGGCCAGCACCCCCAGCCCUGGCGCUGGGGCUCCUGGUGGAAGACUGGGAGGAAGCACCUGCCAAGCCUGCUGGGUGGAGGAGGGGCGCCCCUGGCCGCUGGCCACCCUCCUGGCUCCUCCUGGGGAUCCCUCCUUUUCCAGGCGCGUCUGCUCUGCCGUUGCCACUCUCGUCUCUGAGGUCGCUUCUCCCAGAAGAGGCUCAUCUUGGAGAAGUCUUGUGUCUCUGCCCCCCCAGUCAGUUUGAGGGGAAGGGAACAAAAUCUUUCCCUCUCAAGAUCAAAUGCAGCCUCCUGUGCUGUCUAGCUCCCAGGCACCCAGAGACUGGGCAGUACUCACCAGACUGCGGGCUGCACUCGGCCUCCGGCCCAGCCAGCAGGGCCGCUGUUUGGGUGCCAUUCUGUUGAAUGUUGUAGGUUCAUGAUUGUUCCCCGGUUCUGUCUCGUCCGUUCAUUGUUGUUUACGUGCAGCUCACCGUCCGCACCUCCUGCCCCUUGUCCUGAAGCUCUUGGGCAGCACUUACUGAGGGUGCACCACCCUCCUCAGCAAGGCUGGUGCUGGGUUUCCUCCCACAUCUGGCCAACCCCAGCCAUGGCAUCUGUGGCAGCAGCUCCUGCUCCUCAGAGGCUCCUGGCCUCCUCCCUGAGGCUUCUGCGGAGGUGCCUUCCCAGGGUCAGCUGUGCCAUGUGAUGCUGUCCCUCAGCCACAUCAGUGUUUGUCCACCAGGGAGUGGUGUCCAGCAAGGACUGCUGGCCUCAGAGGGUUGGAGGCACAGGUCAUCCACAUCUGUGCUUGGUCAUCCCACCGCCACCCUGUCUAUGUUUGUGUCACAAUUACAUUAAAUUCCAUUA